AUGGGUGAUUCCAGGCCAUCGAAGCGAGAGCCUUUGUCUCUACAGAUUUAUCGAUACAUCCGCACCAUUCCUGGAGUUAUAAGGCUUUUCACAGAUGUGCGGUCUUUAUCAGAGCUCCCUUUGGAGAAACCUCAGCAAAUUCAGCAAUAUGAAAGAGAAGAACAAAGAAAAGACGAGGAACGAAAUAUUGGUUUGCGCAAACCCGGUAAUAGAAUUUCUCCUAGAUAUCUGGUCUGCUGCAAAGAGGAUUUUCCUUUCGUUGGAGAUGGUGAUCCCUUCCUAGACGAAGAUUUCGAAGGAAAAAAGAAAGAUGACUUGAAUGAAAAUUCCUUAAGACCACUGCAACUGGAAAAUGAUCCUUGUGAUACAACUGUCUGUGGUAGAGGACGAGAAUGUGAGGUUAAUCAAUUAGGAGAGGCUGUGUGCAUUUGCCAAAGGAUGUGCAAGAAGCGCAAGAAACCUGUGUGUGGCUCUGACGGACACUACUAUGUCAACCACUGCGAAUUGCAUAGAUCUGCUUGUCUGACCGGUCGAACCAUAGUAAUAGAUCACAAGGAUACGUGUCUCAAAAAGAAACGUAAAUUGAGGGUUUAUUUGACUAAAGACAACACUUUCUACUACGAGAAAAAAGUGGAUGGUCGGCUGCCUUCUUGGAAGAACCUACCUCCAUUCGAACCGAAAACAAUCACACCAGAGUCAAAUGUAGAUUCAACGCAGAGAGAGUGCUCCCAUGAGGACUACGACUUCAUGAAAGAGAAUCUGUUGCUCUAUAACAAUGAGAGACUCAUGGAUAGCAAAAAAUCAGGCAAUGAGUAUCUAGUCAGCAUUAUGUUCUCCCACUACGAUCAGAAUAAUAAUGGACAACUGGAAGCUGAGGAAUUGUGGCAAGCGGCGGAGAGAGACCAUUUGGGUCAGCUGUCGACAUCGUGCAUUCUGGCGGACAUGUUGCUGUUCGACGACGCAGACAAAGAUGGAAAGCUCAAUAUUAAUGAGUUUUACUUGGCUUUUAGUGUUUCUGUGGUUUCUCUAGACAAAGCACUUGAAGUAAAUCAUGUCACAGCUCGAGUAGGGGACAACGUGGAGGUAAAGUGUGACGUCACUGGUACUCCGAAACCUCCCAUUAUUUGGAGAAGGAAUGACAUGGAUCUUUCAGUUUUGAAUGACGAAGAAAUCAAGGUUUCUCAAGUGUUCGUCGAUGGCUCACUUUAUCUUACCAAUGUUCAGUUGGUACAUGCUGGAAACUAUACUUGCCACGCUCAGAGGAACAAAGAUAUCACACAAACGCACGUACUUCAUGUCCAAACAUUGCCAGAAGUACACGUUGUUCCUAAGCUCCAAUCUCGAGCACCAGGAGAGCUAGCAGAAAUGGAAUGCCACGUGAUUGGUGUACCACAACCUCGGGUGUAUUGGUUAAAGAACGACGAAGAACUCAAAAUGGGAUCUGAAAAAUACACGAUUAUCGGAAACAGCACAGCGCUAGUCGUUGGAAAAAUAACUUACAGUGAUACAGGUGCUUACAUGUGCGUGGCUACGAAUCCAGCUGGUACAACAAGGGAUAUUAGUUCACUUGUCGUACAAGAUCAACCUUCAAGAAGCAUACCGCAACUAGAGCACCGAUUCUUCGCUUUCCACGAUUGGGGUGUAUCAGUCUACGAGCCCGAUAACUGCCGCCUGUAUCACCAAAUUCAGAGCACAGAUGUUAUACCUGGCACACAAGAAUACGUCUGUGGAGAUAGGGGGUUGAACUGUUCCUGGGGGUCUGCCAUCAAUGUCGCUGACAGAUACGUCUAUGCAUCGCAGCCCAACAAGGACAGAAUUCUCAUUAUCUCAAGAGUUCAGAUGGUUGUUGUUGAUGUUGUGGUGACUGACAAAUACCCCGUUGAGCUACAUUAUGUCCCGAAUUUGGAUCAAGUAUGGGUAUUGUGUUGGAGGAAUGUACAAGACAGAGGGACGAAAACUAUACAAAUUAUUCGGGACGCUAGUCAGAAGAAAAAACAUCACACGGUUCAUCCUGAGCCAGUAGAUGGGCAUUUUGACCUUGUUAGUGGACUUUUCAUACCUGCUCCGCAAGAUUUGGGCCAUGGAUGGAAGUAUGGUUACGUAGUACACACCAAUCAAAGAGGGAUGUACAAACUUGACUUACAAGGAAUGAAAUAUCUAAAGACGGUAGACCUCACACCUUACAACUGUGCCCCUAAAUCGGCGGAUUUUGCAUCAUUUGGUGGCCUUGUUCUCUUGGAAUGUUUGGAACCAGUAACAGGAAGACCAACAGGGCAAAUUGUUUUGGAUUACUUAACAGACACAGUUUUAGUGCACAGUACUACACUGUUUGGUCGUCCACAUGUUUCGCCCGAUUCCAGAAGGGUUGUUACUUUAAAAGCUAAUGACCACAGUGUUGUCAUUGUAGCCCAAGAAAUAACAGAAGAUGGUUUACGUUUCCUGUUUGAUGUGAAGACAACACUCCAGAUCAGCGAUGUUGCUUUCUUCCCCUCCAGAACCACCCACAGCUACGACCUAUAUGCCACUUCAUCUUCAAAAGAAGAUAUCCUCUUUGUAGACUUGUCAGACGGAAAAGUGGAGAUGAUUACGGGCAUCGGACGUCCCGCCGACCGUAGACUGGCCGCCUGGGGCAACAGCAAUCGACCCAUCUUUAGUGCUGGGGUCUUUGGCACUUAUAUGGCCACCACUGCAGAAGAGGCCAUCUUCGUGGUCAACGGCAAAACGAGGACUGUGAAUUGCGAAAUUGGAUCCAUUGUCCAUCCAAGGAUGAUGGUGUGGGUGCGGGCGCCUUAA